AUGGCAGGAACAAGUGCAACUUCCAAUGUGCUGGAGCAGGGGACGAAUCAUGCCGUGGCGAAAAGAGUAUUGAGGAAAAUUGACAGAAGACUCGUUCUUUUGCUCUUUACCACCUAUAUGCUCAAUUUUAUGGACAAGACUAUCUUGUCCAGCGCAUCUGUUUUCGGUUUGCGCGAUGAUACGGGCUUGGUUGGGCAGCAGUAUAGCUGGGUCUCUUCGGUGUUCUAUUUUGGAUACCUUGGAUGGGUAUAUCCAACAACUUUAUUGAUUGCUCGUCUACCCGCCGCCAAAUACCUGACAGCCAACACACUCUUCUGGGGCGCCGUAGUAGCACUUACAGCGGCGUGCACAAAUUUCGGUGGUCUCAUGACAGUCCGCUUCUUGCUGGGAGUUGCUGAAGCAACGAUCACACCGGCGUUCAUGUUUAUCACCUCGACAUGGUAUACGCGUGAUGAGAUUCCCACCAGAACUGGUCUAUGGUUUGCUGGAAACAGCGUGGGUGGUAUUGUUUCAAGUCUUCUAGCCUACGGUCUCGGCCACGUUACCGACCACGUCGGGCCAUGGCGAUGGAUGUUCAUUGUUCUUGGACUCGCUACAUUUCUCUGGGGAUUUGCUAUCUGGACACUUCUGCCAGAUUCAAUUUCAAAAGCAAAGUUCCUCACAGAAGAAGAGCGUCAAUUUGCAAGCACCAGAGCGGUUGUGGCUGGGACAGGUUCAACAGAGAAGACAGCAUGGAGAUGGGACCAGGUCGUCGAGUGUCUCAUUGAUCCCAAGACCUGGCUGAUCUUCGGCUUAGAGCUUUGUACCCAAAUACCCAAUGGUGGAACGCAGAAUUUUGCCAAUCUCGUCCUUGUCUCAUUCGGGUUCACAAACUUACAGUCGACACUGCUGACUAUCCCUUACUCACUGAUCACGGUGGCCACUAUUACAGGAACGGGCUGGCUUGCAGGACGUUACCGGCAGCUCAACUGCUUGCUUGUUGUUGCUGUGGUCAUCCCUUGCGUCGUUGGCAGUGCAAUUAUCUACUCCCGUGCGCAUAUUGUUCUGGGCGUGCAGUUGUUUGGAUAUUUCCUCUUAUCGACGGGACCUGCGGCAAUGCCGUUAGCCAUGUCUCUGGUGCAGGCUAAUUACAGAGGCGUCACUAAGAAAAUGACGGUGACUGCGAUGCUUUUCCUCGCGUAUUGUGCUGGGAAUAUUUCCGGGCCGCAGUUCUUUCUCAGUGAAGAGGCGCCGCAUUAUAACACGGCAUUUCGUACGAUUAUGAUUUGUUAUUCGCUUUCUGUUGUGCUGGCACUUACAUUGCGCUUUUAUCUGCAAUGGACAAAUGCUCGUCGUGUGCGGCUGGAAGGAUUUGAAGGCAGUGCUGGAAAUGCAGGCGCUGUUGGAGGGAAGAUCUCAGAUCCUGGUAACGAUUCUGUCAAUGUCGUGGACAUGGUCAACCAAGUCGAGUUGGUGUCAGACGACUAUGACGAUGUGACAGACUGGAAGACUGCGGGUUUCAGGUACCGGUACUAG